UAGCAGACGUGGCUUUUGCGCUGUCCGCCGUCCGGUGCAGCGUGGCCGGCUUCAAAAAGUUUGCGUCUGCAGCUGCGUGAUCGAUCUCGCGUCGCUCACUUUUCAAAGAGGAGCACGAUGAGGUGCCUCGUGGUUCUGAUCGCUGUCGCCGUUUGCGCGCAACCCGCCCUGAGCGGCGAAGAGGAGCUCAAAGUCGAAGUUGUAAAAAGUUCCGAGAGCUGCAGCCGCAAGAGCAAAAAGGGAGACAUUCUGUCGAUGCACUACACCGGCACUCUACUAGACGGCAAGGAGUUUGACUCCAGCCGGCAACGGGGCGAGCCGUUCCGCUUCCAGAUCGGCUUGGGCCAGGUGAUCAAGGGCUGGGACCAGGGCUUGCUCGACAUGUGCGUGGGCGACAAGCGCAAGCUGACCGUGCCCCCGUCGUUGGGCUACGGCGAGGCGGGCGCCGGAGACCGCAUCCCGCCUGGCUCGACGCUCGUCUUCGAGACCGAGCUCACCAAGAUCGAGGACGGCCCGCCGCCCGUCAACGUCUUCAAGCAGAUCGACAGCGAUCAAGACGAGCAUCUGACGCGUGAAGAGAUCAGCAAAUACUUGAAAGAGCAGCUCCCAGCCGCACAGGCUGCUGGACUCAAGGACCUGCCAGACACGGACAAGAUGGUCGAGGAGAUCUUCCAGCACGAGGACAAGGAUCGCGACGGCGUCAUCUCCAAAGAGGAGUUUAGCGGCCCCAAACACGAUGAGCUCUAACCGUGUCUUUCUUGCAACAACCCGUCUUGCCUUAGUGCGAACACGGGACAUGACAAGAGCAUGCAGUGUCCAUUUCUGGGGUGCCCGUUUGUCACACUGCACUUGCACUUCAAAUAGGGCUUUAAAUGUUAAACUUCUCGCUAAGCUUCACUAGUGCCUCACUCACCACUGUACGUGCCAACCAAAAACACAUCUUCGGAGCAAAAGAAGGGAACAAAUCAUGUGGCAGCUACAGCCGCAUCCAUUGCUCAGUUUUGUACUCAUGUGAAAAAGAAAAAAAAAAAAAAAAAGAAAGAAAAAAAACCUCCUCCUGAUAUUUGAACACCUUUUCACCUUCCGACAUGUUGCUUUAGUGGUGGCAGGAAAGUUUUAGCAUAACGGAGGCAUACUCAUAUAGACAUAAUUGAAGGUGCAGAGGCAUGCGAUAAUGCCAGUUGCAACACCAUGCAGUAGUGUGUUCCAACAAAAGCAUGCAUUGUUUUUCUUGCAAUAACGACUUUGUUACAUGUAUCCUAAGACACAAGCAUGCCAAAGCGACUUAAUCAUGAAGAUAUUCUUGUACGUUUUCCAAAGUCUUGAACGACAAGAUUGUCAUCAAAGGGAGACGAGCGGUGCAAUACUGAUGAGGACCAAAUUGGCAGGACAUAUGCCAACUACCAACUGAAAUAUAUUCACAGAAUACAUUCUCUUAAGCACACUGUGCUUAAGAUGACCGUCUUGAUUUAAGUUCAUUGCAUCAUUUCUAGUGCCAAAUGGCAGUGAUAGAAUGUGCAAAACUCUGACAUGGAUGACCAGCUAGCUCAAAACAAGAUUCUGCUUGAAUAUUAUAUAUCGCACUACAAGUUGACCACACAGCGACACAAUGUGUUGCCGCCAUUGCUAUCGAAUACACUUUACAGUAUUCUGGCGAAAUGCCUGUGCUAGCAAGUCUCCGUUGUGCUAACUUAAGGGAAAAGGAUUUUUUAAGUAUUUGUAGUAGAGAUUGAAAAUUCAUUCAAAUUUAGUUUUUCAAUCAGACUUCAAGCAUGUCAUUAAUUUCUGUGUAGCAGCUAUAGAUCUUGAGUUAUGUCCUACACAACUACAAAUUAUAGCCACUUUGUGGGCACUUUAUUGUGUAUCAAACUUUAGCGAAAAGCAUUGUGCUGUAGCUUAUUUAGCUCUUCGUAGACCACGAAGUGCCUAUAUCUAUCUGAAUCUAACGUGCGCCAAAGUUAUACACUAUUGUGAAACGUUGAACCUCCUUCCACUUAGGUGUGUACACUGUCUUUUGUACUCUACAGGUAACAGAUUGAAAACCUGGUGAAAUUUUUGUUUGGUGUUGUUUCACACACUGCAGCAACAAUGUUAAAGUAUAAGUAUAUAAAUUAUUUAUUAAUCUGUUUAGUUCAUUACAAGUCAAUUUUUAGAACACAUAUUGUGGCUGUUUAACAAAUAGACAGAACAAAUUACAACGCUGACCUUUUACAAGGAAUGAAUAUCUGUAGAUCAAGUAUGCAUCAUAUACAUAUUUUCUUGUCUAGCACGUAUUUAUUGCUGCUUAUGACACACGUUUUCAUGUGUAUAUUGCAAAACUGUAUGUUCACAACCUUGUUAAAUUUCUCAAAUGGCCUUUGUUUUUGUCAAUAAACUAUUCUGAACAAAAGUUG